AUGAGAAGUAUCAACGAGUUACAUGACGACUUACUAGUGAAAAUUUUGUCAUUUGUUCCGGCAAAAGAAGUUGUGGCAACAAGUGCUUUGUCGAAACGAUGGUAUUGUCUAUGGAAACAGCUUGAUGAUGUCAUUGAUUAUGUUGAGCUUUGUGGUAAAUGCUCUUUAAGGUGGAUACGUCCUUUAAUAUUCCAUUCCCCUAAAUAUCGGUCUGAUUCGUGGCGACUCGGUCUGGGCGAGCAACCGAACUUUGUUAGUAUGAUUUCGAGACUGAAAGCUAAUGCGUGUGUUGGUUGCAAAGGAAGAAUACAUGCUGAGAAAGAGGUCACCAUGAUAAUCAUACUUGAUGCAAAGUACAUGAAGAAACAAGCUGUUAUAUGGACCAAGUUGGAAGAAAAACAAGAGAUGCUGAUUGAGUUAGUUAUCACGCGUGAGACUAUCUUGAACUAUCGCAUUUCAGUUACCUAA